AUGGGACAAAAAGGAUCUCAGCUCUUGGCUGAUAUCGAGCAGAACUCGAACUUCUCUGGACCGGAAAUUCAGAGGUUGAAAAAGAGGUUCAUGAAGUUGGAUAGGGAUGGCAGUGGAAGCAUCGACAAGGACGAGUUUUUGCAAAUUCCGGCUAUUGCGAACAAUCCUUUGGCGCUGAGGAUGAUUGCCAUCUUUGAUGAAGACGGUGGAGGAACAGUGGACUUCCAAGAGUUCGUCGCAGGUCUGAGCGCAUUUAGUAACCAAGGUAGUCGGGAGGAGAAGCUCAAGUUCGCGUUCAAGGUGUACGAUAUGGAUCGGGAUGGGCUGAUUUCCAACGGGGAGUUGUUUCUUGUGCUCAAAAUGAUGGUGGGCAAUAAUCUCAAAGAUCAGCAAUUGCAGCAAAUUGUAGACAAGACCAUCAUGGAAGCCGACAAGGAUGGAGAUGGCAAGCUUGACUUUGCAGAGUUUCAGGAAAUGGUUGCCAACACGGACAUUGCCAAGCAAUUGACGCUCGAGGACUUGUUCUGA